GGAAAUCGAUUAUCAGAGCGCAAGGAUCGGUCCUAAGUCCAUUUUCUGUGAAACACCAACAGACAGAGCGGCACGGCCAGGAGAACAAGACAGGAACAUCUGAGGAUUACAUGUGUUGGUUACCUGGACAGUAAAAGGAAGAGUUACAGAGAAAGAAGACAGGAGAAGGUGAGACACAGGAGGACGGGUUCAUCUUACUGAGACACACCUGCUGGAGCUCUGAGACCAUGGACAUCCUGGAGACAGAUGCCUAUGACAGGCGGCAGAGGAGAAAUAUGUCCUGUACUCUCCUGUUUUCCCUCUUGCCUUUCUUUUUGUCUGCAGCUCUGUACUUCUACCUGUUGACUCCUGAUGCGCCCUCGUCCAUCAUGGCUGCAGGUGUCAAAUCGGCCCCCACGCUGCUGCUGGCGGCAGUCGUGCUGAGCUGGAACGGAGGUCAGAGUGUCCUGGGUGUGGUGGGAGGGCUGGUGUUCUCUGCUAUAGGUGACUGGUGCCUGGUGUGGCCGGAGCUUUUCCUGCAUGGAAUGGGUGCGUUUGCCGUGGCUCAUCUUCUCUACUCACUCACCUUCCUCUCCAGUCGUUUCUCGCCAGAGUCCUCCUCUUCUUGUAACCGUUUUCUGUAUCUGAUCCUGUUCCUGACGGGAGGAGGUUUCUACAUCUACCUGUAUCCAUUCCUGCAGAAGGCCACUGACGCCGACCUCCUCGUUCCAGGUGUAGGAGCCUACGUCUUCUUAAUCACUCUGAUGGGGGCGUUAGCCAUCAGAACUCGCCACACGGCAGUGCUCAUGGGAAGUUUGAUAUUCAUGGUGUCUGACGUGUUGCUGGCUCUGCAAGUUUUCAAGGCGAUCCCACCAGCGGAGAAUGGUCAACUCGUUGUCAUGGUGACAUAUUAUUUGGCACAGCUGCUGAUAGCUGUUGGGGAUGUAAGGGCAGCGAGGAACAAGGAAGAUUUUUCAAAAUGGAAGAGGUCCUAAAGUGGAUCCCUGUGGCAUCCCGAAAGUCUGAAUAUCUCCCUCGGUCCGGUAAACAACUGAAACUACCUGGAAAUGUUUAUGUCUUAGAGUUUUUAAAUAUUAGCAAAUCAAAAUGAAGGCAAAAUGGAAGAUUAGGACAUUUCAGUUUCAAGUGUAAGAGUGGCUUGCAAGUAAAAAUGUCACUACAUACACUUUUCAAAUUUUUUUUUUUGAUACUUUGGUUGUCACAAUGCCAGAAUUUAAAACUUUGAGAUGCAACUGGAAAAAAAUAAAUAUUGAUACAACUGGAACGAAAGUAGA